AUGGCCCCGCAGCAAACAGGUAAUAAGAAACGGGAAGAGCCCGCGCCCCAGGAGGCUGCAGAAGGCUCGUCGUCGCCGAGCUCGUCGUCGCCGGGCUCGGCGGCAGUGCACGCAGACGGCCCGCAGCCGCCCAAGAAGCCCAAGCGGAUGGUGGUGCGGCUCUCACUGGUGGACUACCUGAAGGGGCGCGAGGUGGGCGCGCAGGGCCGCGCCGGGCUCUCCGGCUUCGAUGGCGAGCUGUGUGGCUUCGCGGUGCGGAAGCUGCCAGAGCUGCUGCGGGAGCGCGAACUGUCCUUGGGCACCAUCGACAAGGUGUUCGCAUCGCAGUGGCUGAACGCCAGGCAGGUGGUGUGCGGUACCAAGUGCAACACGCUCUUCGUGGUGGACGUGCAGUCCAGCCACGUAACGCGCAUCCCCCUCAUGCGGGAUCGUCGGCCCCCACCAGCCCACACCCAGCCGGGCUGUGGCAUCCAUGCCAUCCACCUGAAUCCCUCCAAGACGCUGCUGGCCACCGGGGGCGAGAACCCCAACAGCCUGGCCAUAUACCGGUUGCCAACGCUGGAUCCCUUGUGCCUGGGUGACCGCCACGGCCACAAAGACUGGAUCUUCGCCAUCGACUGGAUGAGCGACACGGUGGUGGUGAGCGGCUCCCGCGAUGGCACCUUGGGCGUCUGGAAGAUAGACCCCGACGUAUUCCGGAGCAGCAUAGCCUGGCACAGUGAUGCAGGGCUCCCCGUGUAUGCCCACAUCCGUCCCGCGGAAGUGGAGGAUGUCCCCAGGGCCGGCACUAACCCAGGUAACUGCAAGGUGCGGGCUGUGGCCUUCAGCGCCAAGAGGCAGGAGCUGGGAGCCGUGACCAUGGAUGGCUACUUCCACCUGUGGAAAGCCCAGAAUACCCUGUCCAGGCUGCUGUCCAUCAGGCUGCCUUACUGCCGAGAGAACGUGUGCCUGACCUACUGCGAUGAGUUGUCCCUGUACGCGGUGGGAUCCCAGUCCCAUGUCUCUUUCCUGGAUCUGCGCCAGGGUCACCAGAGCGUACGGCACCUCUGCUCCCGCGAGGGCGGCACGGGUGUGCGCUCCCUGAGCUUCUAUGAGCACAUCAUCACCGUGGGCACCGGCCACGGCUCUCUGCUCUUCUAUGACAUCCGUGCGCAGAAGUUCCUGGAGGAGAAGGUCUUGGACAGCCAGCACUCCUCUCCGCGGCCCACAGGGAGGAGGUUCAGGCUGAUUUGUGGCAGAGGCUGGCUCAACCAAGAUGACCUGCAGAUGAACUACUUCGGUGCCUUCGGCGACUUGCCCAAUGCACUCUACACCCACUGCUACAACUGGCCAGAGAUGAAGCUCUUCGUCGCUGGCGGCCCUCUUCCUUCAAGCCUCCGUGGAAACUAUGCAGGCCUCUGGAGCUAA